UUAACCUCUUAUGAAUUGUCGAACAGCACGAUAAACUGCUUAACAUAAUUAUAAAACUCGGAUUAGUGCUUUUGUUUGACACCCUAUAUUUAACAAGGUUAAAGAGCACUAUGUUAGAAAUUUAAAACGUGUCGAAAUAACUUUUCUCCUUCCGAUGUCUUCCAAUUUUUCGGGAUCAAUCUAAUUACCAUCUGCAUGUAUAUUGUACCUUGAUCUGUUUUAAACACCAAUGAUCAUAAUCAGGUCAGAUGCUCGGAAAGAACACGGAAACCAUUCACUGUGUAAUUAAUUUUAAAAGGAAUCUUGUUACGUCAGUUAUAUUCUGAACUGAAAUCAUCCACAAUUUCUGCCACUGUCCCACGUGACCAUGUCUAGCCGCUGGGAUUGGAUGCUGGGCAUCAUCAUUAUGGUCGCCAUUUGUGCAAUAGUCAUUGUCGCUGUGUUUGCAUGUAUCGUCUUUUGUAAAUGCAAGAAACGACUCAAGCAAGGCACGAUGGUGGGCAUCGCUCCGGCUGAGGAUGAGACAGAUACUGCAUCAAGGCCUGUGUCCCCGUCCGACAUUGGGAGAGGGCGACAUAAGAAAAUAAACGUCACUCCAAUCCACACUGCCCGGUCCAAUACAGUCCACACGCCCCUCGGAUCCUCCCGUCAGAGCAACGACCAUUUCUUUUACUCCAGCAGACAAGCGUGGAUGUUUGAGCCCGACUGAAAUGCCAGUCUCAUGAAUAAGAUUUAAAAGCUAUACAUUCUCACUCACCCAAGAUAGUUGAAGUGAAUAUACAGAUUUGUUUUACUUAGGAGAAGCAACAUCGAGACUUUGUGGAUGAAGGUGUGCGAAUGCAAAACAGGAAAAGUUGUAAUUCAUGUAUUAUAAUUGGACCCAAGAUUUAUGGAACUCCUUGGAUUGUAGUAAUUUCUUAAAACCAAAACAACUCCAGUUGUGAUAAAAUAUCUACAUAACACUUUAAUCAGUAUUCAGUACUUAAAAACAAGCAAAUCAAUAUUCUGUAGAUAUUUACAGGCAGUAUCUGAUUACUAAAAUCAACGAUCUCAGGCAUGGCUAUCUAUGUCGGUGAGACAGUCACUGACAAUUGCAAAUUCAUAAACUAUUUUUUCAUAUCAUAUUUCCAAGUAUUACAUUGACAUUACUUAUGAACAUUACUUAUUAACAUUUGUGAUGCAUAUUUUGGGUAUCAAUCGUUUUGAAUAAUAGAAAAUCAAUAAACUGUAUUGACAGAGAAGUUUUGCCAUGUUAAGUGUUUCAACUAGAAUUCUGUAAUGUAAUAAUCAAAAACUGCAUCUUUGGCUAAGAUAAAAAUCACCAAUAAAAAUAUUGAAUUUUACAAAUAGUUACACUGGUUAUGAAAAAAAAAAAUUAUGUGCAAAUACUAGUAUGGCGAUAAUAGGUGACAAUGCGAUCCACUUCGUAGAUUAUCAACAUUCCAGAGCGCAUCAACACUGGUCAUUCCGCAGUGCAGGCAUAAUCAAUUUGUUCCAACAUAUUUGGCUUCAAAAUAUAAUUUACUGGCAAUUUACAGACCAACA